AAGUCAGAUUACGCGUUGUGUGGUGGGGAUCGCGUGUACACUGUGUUCAAGGUGUAAACAUUCGGCGAUCGGAUUGUUGUGGGUUUGGAAGAUGUUGCAUCAAUCAGCUGAUUCUUGUAGUUAAAAAUACAAAUGAACGGUUUUAGUACGGGUGAAGAGGAUUCACGAGGCCCUACAGAUCAAAUCUGUUGUUUGAUUGAUAAUAGUGAACGGUGUAUAAAACCAGCUGGAAACGCAUCCUACAGUAAAAAAAUUGAAAAAACUGCCAUCCAAAGGAGGUUGAAUUUUGGCAUAGAUAGCAACGCAAGGCACAAUUAUAUCUGUGACCAUCACAAGAUGAUCAUUCAAUGUGCAAGGACAAAAAGAAGAAGAAAAGAAUCGGAAGAUGACUCAAAUGAAACAGACACAGAUCUUCCAGAAGUAGAUCUAUACCAAUUACAAGUAAACACCCUGAGAAGGUACAAAAAACAUUAUAAGGUGCCAAUGAGGCAAGGACUGAACAAAGCCCAGCUUGCAGAUACGUUAAUGAAGCACUUUAAGACGAUUCCUGUGAAGGAAAAAGAAGUGGUAACUUUCUUCAUAUACACUGUAAAGACAAACGCCAACAAGCUGGAUCAGAAGAAUGGUAUCAAUAAUGACACUACUUAAUGCUCGUGCAAUUAAAAUAUGAAGUAAUUUUAAGUCAUAAUCAUAUUUAAGUGUUGUAAUAUUUUUUAAUUUUUUUUCUAUAAAAACAAUAAAAAGUAAAAGUACAAAUGAAA